UGUCAUCGUCAGGGCUGCAAGUCGCGAACGUUUGACGAAUGUUGGUUUCAUGAGUUGUCAUUGCGAUUUCUUGCGUGAUUCCGGGUAUUCGACUGUCGUGCAGCGUCGUCCACUUUGCCACUGUUUCCUUCUUCUGAACGUUUUGUAUGCGAUUGGCGAUUGGUGCGGAUUAGGUCAGAUUUGAUGCUGACAAAACGUUUUCCCAGCGCUUUAUCGACGUUAUCCAUUGUGUGCUGGUUCGCAACAUCUAACGCUGGUCGCUUUGCAGAAAACUGCUUUGAGCUGCGGAAAGUAACACUGCCGGAAAAGGCGUAAUCGGGAGGGCAUCACAUCCUGGAAGAUUCCACCACCAAGUCCUAAGGGCACGAACGCUUUACCACCGAAUGGCGAAUGUUGAAAGAGACGACAACAUGUUGAAUGAAGAGCAAGAAUCGUCCCAAUCCAACAGCAGCAAUGGUUCAAGCAGUGUGGUGCAACCAUCCAGCUUCCAGCUGAAAUCAAGCGUCCUUAGACAGUCUACCUUUGGCGGAUCUGCGUUCCUUGGGGGAGGUGGUUCUUCAUCGAGCAACAGCAUAUCGUCCUCGCCAUCCCUAGCCGGCUUUGUCGGCGGUAAUGCUGGCUUGGCAAACAGCUUCAACCUGAAACCAAGCGUGCUGAAACCAUCACAGCUAUCGUUUGGCGGAAUCGGAAGCAUCAAAGAAGGUAACGGUGCGGCUGCAGAUAAGAAUGGUAAUGAUGCCGUCGCACCGGCCCCUACAAAUCCCUUCCUGAAGACGCAGUUCAGCGAGGAUGAACCAUCGGAUGCGGAUGCAAAGGGUGGCUCGGCGGAAAGUAGCAAAUCGGCAACGGACAAGGAUGGCGACAACAGUACGAACAGCAACAAUAUCGAUCCUUUGGCAAAGCUGAAAAGUGCCUCCCUGCCGAAGUCGAACCUAUUCGCGAAUGUGAAAAAAUCGACGCUGAGCGAAGCGUCGUGCGGAUUUGUGUUUGGCCAAAAUGUCCACGAACGUGUGACGGGUGAAAAUCUUAGCAACGCCAGUGCCAACACUCUUCCAACCACUGGCUUUUCAUUCGCCACAAGCGUAGCGGCAACAGCGGGCGAAAGUGGUACGGGUGGAGCGGGGGGCAAUACAGCGAACACAGCUUCGUCGAACGCUUCCGGCACCGCAACCGGCAAGGAUGGGUCCGACUCUUCGGAUGGCAGCAGCCGGGAGCCAAAGGAUCGCGAAAGUCUGGAGGAAGCUGCCCGCCGCUAUGAGGAAAGCCGAGGAGCACUGAAACGCAAGUACGAAGAGGUCGAGACCAUCACUGGCGAAGAGGACGAACGGAACGUGGUCGAAAUUAAUUGCAAGCUGUUUGCGUUCGCCAAGUCGAACUGGGAGGAGCGUGGUCACGGCACGCUGCGACUUAAUGAUAAAGACAACAAUGAAUCUCGCGUUGUAUUUCGGCAGUCCGGUAAUCUUCGUGUAUUGAUCAACACUAAGGUAUGGGCCGGAAUGGUCGCACAACAACCGAGUCAAAAAAGUCUGCGUCUUACAGCUAUUGACAGCACUGGACAGAUAAAGGUGUUUCUAGUGAUGUCCCGUCCAGAAGUGAUUACGAAGCUCCAUAAAGAGCUUUCGAAGCGCAUUGAAACGGCGAAGCAAACGGCCGAGCAGGAGGCAGCAAAGGAAAAUAAGGAUGAUAAUAAGCCCGCGGUCCCUAUUGCUCCAUCCUGCUUAGAUGACGCUGGAUCAGACGACGGUUCCUCCAUACCCGUACCGGCGGACACCGAACAUUUACUAUCGAACGCAGAUGAUGCUGAUGAGCCUAGUUCAAAGAAACGAGCCAGCAUAACGUCACCACCGUCCUCCUAAAGGGCACGUCGCAUCCCGCAGUACUACCUUUUGCGCAUUCUGACCUCCAUGCACCUAUUCCCUUUGUUGUUUUUUCUCCCCUCUUUUCUCUAAAGUAUCUUUCACCGAUUUACUAUUGCUAAGAUGAUAUGAUAAAUUCUACGGUUCCUUGAAUGCAAUCUAUGUUUUCAGUCUAAACUCCACCAUUUUGGCAAAAUUCGCGCCCGUAGUUUUAAUACACAGUAACAGGAAGUUGAAAUGAAAUGUUAGAACGAAGGCAAGCACGACGGCACAGGUUAAGGCAAGUGAGCAAAUUCGACAGAUAAUAAUGAAAUGAAAUUGAAUUAAUAAGACAUGGGAGUGAACAGUAAAUGAAAAGCAAUGAACUGUUUUACGCUUGCAAUCGUGUGUUUCAAUCAAUUCGCUGACAACAAGAUGUGUCCUGAAGGGGAAGAAUAUUAAUCCAUUGUGAAAAUGUAGACGAUGUGUGCGUGUGUGUGUGUGGUAUUGGUAGAGCCAAUUUGGUGGGAGACAGAUCGCACUUUAAGCUACGAUACGCACGAAAACAAAAUACAACUCCUGCUCUACAACUAAGCUCAGUUUAACGUGUACAGUUUGGUGGAGAUGAUGUUGGUAGUUUAUUCACAAUUCGUUGCAGGGUAUCUGUUCUACAACUUUUCUUUACCUAACAUCGUUAGCUCUGGAGCAGUAACCAACGGGAACCAAAUGCAUAUGUUCAGUUUAAUAACAUCCAUCGCUAGAGCCGAACAGUCUCUGAGAAUAUCUGAACUGAAGGAUUUAGUUGUUGGUGCAUUUGAUUGAACGACGACACAAUGAUGUAAUGGCCACGUCUUAAACAAAACACCUCUAUCAGUCCCCGCAAUAUCCGUUAAACACGCGAGGAAAGCGCUUAAAAUCAUUCAUCAUUCAUGGCGCUUACUUCUAUGGCCCUAUUAUUUGUACAGUCUCGAGCGACGAAGUCGUCAUUUGCAAGAUCAUAAGAAUAAUAAAAUAGUUCUCGACGUGGCAAGGAGAAAUUGCGGCUGUACACUUACAAUAACAGAUUUUCGAUCACUUCGGAAAUAAUCGCUUUUGUUUUAUCAACUCAAUGAUUAGAGGGAUGUAUUUUUUUCUUCAUCUUGGAAAACUUUUCUUUUUCAGUUCAACAAAACCUGCUCUGUUGUACUACCGAUUCCGUUUUCGUAGACCACCGUUAAGUGUUGCAUUAGGUCAAUUUUUUUUUUCAAAUGCAGAGUAAAUUAAGUAAGUGGAAUGUACUGAUUUGUAAAGGCAACCUCUGGAUACAGAAUUAAAGAAUAGAAUCACAACACGAACGCACUCAAAAGAGAAUCGUGUCGUAAGAAUCGUAAUAAAUCACUUGAUGGUCAAGUUUUAGUGCAAGAAAUGAA